GAAAACAGGAAAAGCAAACACACCUUCUCUUGUUGCUGUCCCCACGCGAACCUCUAGCCGUCUCCCGCACAACCACAGGUAUUUCAUUUGUUGUUCUCUCUCUCUGUGAGCACCUCUUCUUUAUCCCCCUCUCUCCCUCCCCUCUUCAUCAUGUACGCGGGCUUCCCGAAGUUGCCAGUGACGGAGGCGCAGCCGGCCGUGGACGAGGAGAAGGAGAAGUUCGAUGAGAGCGGGUGCGUGAUGUGCACCGAGUUUCCGCUGCCCAAGACGGUGCAGCUGUCCUUUCCCGCCGUGUGUGCGCUGCUGUACAACGCCCGCAGUGCCACGAGCAGCCAGAACAUCUUCGGCGACGUCAUCGGCCUGCAGAUCGGCGACGCCGUCUCCAUCACGGAUGUGCGCUUUCAACCCCGCAUCGACGUCGAGGAGGAGGACCGCAUGUCGCAGGAGGAGUUUACGGAGCGGCUGCGCAAGGAGCGAGAGCUGCUGCGCAACGACAUGAACAUCCACGAGGCCGCCUACUCGGACGAGUUCCUCGACACCAACGCGAUUGGCCAGUUUGUGGUGUGCAGCGCUCGCUUCAACCCGUACUCGAAGCGGACCAUGGAUAAGCUGCGCGACCUGCACGACCAGAGCCAGCCGGCCAUCCUGCUGAUCUACGAUCCCUUCCGCACCAGCCUGCUGGGCCGCCCCUACAUCCGCGCCUUCACGCCCACGGAGGCGUACUACAAGUAUGACGUGCUGGUGUCGAAGGAGCGCAGCUACCAGCGUCGGCGCGGCUUAGCGGGUUACGCGAAGGAGAGCGGCAUCACGAAGCACGGCGCGCUGCAUGAGAUCCCGGUGAAGCUCGACGUGGACGCCUUCCACAAGCUGAACCUGCUGCACAUCCACACGAACCCCGUCACGGACACCUUCAAGGCAAUUGAGAGCCUGGCUGUCGGCAACUACAUCGAGGCGCUGCUGAGCUCCAUCCGUAGCAACACGGAGCAGCUGAAGUCAAACCUGGAUAAAGAGGGCAAUGCAAAGGACAACGGCAACGUGCCGGUGGGCCAGGAUGCGGAGACGAUGCUGCUGAUGAAGCAUUUGCGCGAGCAGACGGACCACCUUGACGCCUUGUGCGAUAGCGAGCUGCUCUACUCGUCGCUGCUCCGCGAUCUGUAG